AUGUCGUUGAUCUCCGAUCUACUUGAAGAUCCUUUGCCUCCGACUGGUUUAUCGCCUGAAUCUUCUUCAUCGCCGGUAUCUUCUUCUACCUUAUCUGGCGAUGCAUCUGUUCUCAAUCCUUAUUACCUCCAUCACACCGACAAUACUGGCCUUGUUUUCGUCAAUCAGUUGUUGACUGAAGACAAUUAUACAUCAUGGAGUCGGUCGAUGAUGAUUGUGUUAUCCGUCAAGAACAAAUUAGAUUUUAUUGAUGGAUUCAUCCCUCGACCUUCUGGAGAUUUGCUGCCGGCCUGGAUUGACAAUAAUCACAUUGUUAUUGCUUGGAUCCUCAACUCGGUGUCAAAGGAGAUCUCUGCGAGUAUCCUGUUUUCGGAAUCUGCUCGUGAUAUCUGGAUUGAUCUCAAUGAGAGGUUCGAGAAGAGUAAUGACCCCUGCAUUUAUCAAUUGAAGCGUGCUCUUGCAACUCUUGCUCAAGAUCAACAAUCGGUUAGUGCCUAUUUUACCAAAUUGAAGUCUCUUUGGGAUGAAUUAAGCCAAUAG